CAGGUGUUGGCUCAGGAAAGCUUAGCCACAGGUGUGACAGGAGUAAUGGUUCCGGCAGGGACAGUUACUCAACCUCUUCUUAUCCCCAUCAGUGUUGCAGGUCAGGUGGCGGGGCCGGUGCCAGCCCAGCCCGCGCUGGUGGUGACAAUCCCCACAGCAACGCUGGCCGCGCUCCCGGGACUGACGGCGCCGGCAAUUUACAAACCGCCCGUCGCCAACCUCACAGCCGCCGCCGUGCUGAGCCCCAUCCCGGCCAUCCCGACCAUCCCGGCGUCCCGGGCACCCCCCCAGCCCCUCCCCGGGCAGCCCCCGCUGCUGCCGCAGCCCCCGGCGGCGCCCACGCCCCCCAAGGAGCCCCCCGUGGGUGGGCAGCCCCCCGGGCAGCCCCCCCUGGCCGUGCAGCCCCCCCUGGCCGUGCAGCCCCCCCUGGCCGUGCAGUCCCAGCUGGCGGGGCUGGCCUUUAAUCCCGGCAUUGUGAUCGGGACGCUGCCGUGGGUCGUUGCCCCCCCCGGCGUGGCCGCGGCCCCCCCCGCGCCGGCCCCGCCGAGCCUGCAGGUGACGCAGGUGACGCAGGUGACGCCGCAGCUGCUGCUGAACGCGCAGGGCCAGGUGAUCGCCACGCUGGCCACGGGCGUGGCCGCGGGCGUGGCCGCGGGUGGGGCCGCCCUGGCCGCGGGACCCGCCCCUGCCCCCCCCGCCACGCCCGCCAAGAAGAGCGGGACCCCCGAGACCCCCGUCAAGAGCGAGGUCCAGCCCAUCCAACCGGCCCCCCCCGGGGGGGGUUCGAGCCCCAAGGUGACCCCGAACCCCCCGCCCGUCGCCGGCCCCGAGACCCCCACGGUCAGCCAGCUGGUGGCCAAGCCCCCUGCCCCCCCCGGCGCGGAGGAGGACGGGAUCAACCUGGAGGAAAUCCGGGAAUUCGCCAAAAACUUCAAACUGCGGCGCCUCUCGCUGGGCCUGACCCAGACACAGGUGGGGCAGGCACUGACGGCCACCGAGGGACCCGCCUACAGCCAGUCUGCCAUCUGCAGGUAACACACCUGGGACAGGUGACACACACCUACAGCCAGUCUGCCAUCUGCAGGUAACACACCUGGGACAGGUGACAC